GACAGGAGAGGAAGAAGAGAGAGAGAGAGAGAGAGAGAGAGAGACACACAAGCAGGGAAAAAUGAGACAAGCAGAAAGGCAGACAGCAGGAGUGUGAGAGUGCGUGUAUAAGAGGAGGAGAAAACUGUUACUUGAUACUGAUAGAAACCAGACAACUCGGCUUUUUUAAGUGUCCGGCUUGCACAGCAGCAGUUGAGUUCUUUUUAGCUGUUGCAUAAUGCUCUCCCUGACUGUGUCCAGGACUUCUUUCCCCUCACUGUUUGUGGUUGUCUGAGUUCAGUGUUAGUGUUUUGGUCCACUCUUGCCAUGAUGUCACCUUGGUGGUGCUUAGUUUUGCUUGUGCUCCUGUGGGCUCAGUUGACACACGGCUUGGGUUCUGGGAAUACUCAGUACCGCUACUUGCGUAGAAACUGCUACACCUGCUUUAGCGGAUACAAUGGAUUCCACGCAGGACACGUGGGACCAGACAUUGAUGAGUGCCAGGUCCAUAAUGGAGGCUGCCAGCACAGAUGCGUGAACACUGCGGGCUCCUACUACUGCGAGUGCAACCCGGGUUUCCGUCUGCAUGUUGACGGCCGCACCUGUAUAGCGGUGCUCUCCUGUGCCAUCAGCAACGGAGGCUGUGAACAGGAGUGUGUUCAGCUCUCCCAUGCCCACUUCCAGUGUCGCUGCAGACACAACUACCAGCUCACUGCCGACGGAAAACGCUGCAGGUUGAAAAACCCCUGUGUGGAGAGGAAUGGGGGAUGCAUGCACGAAUGCCGUAGUGUAGGCAUCCGUGUCCAAUGUGCCUGCCGUUCGGGCUACCGGCUGGCUGAGGAUCAAAAGGGCUGUGAAGACAUUGAUGAAUGCACAACCGGACAAGCUGUUUGUGCCCAUCACUGCCGAAACAGCCCCGGCUCCUUCUCCUGUCUCUGUAAGCCUGGUUACGAACUGGGUUCGGAAGGCAUGAAGUGCUACCGUAUUGAAAUGGAGGUCGUUAAUAGCUGUGAGUCCAGGAAUGGAGGCUGUGCACACCACUGUCAGCACGGCACACUGGGACCUGUUUGUAGCUGUAACCAAGGUUACCAGCUUGAUGAGGACCUCAAGACUUGUUUGGACCUGGAUGAGUGUGGGGAGGGCAGCUCGUGCUGUGAGCAGCACUGCACCAACUACCCGGGUGGUUACGAGUGCAACUGCGGGGCGGGAUACAGGCUCCACUCAGACGGCUGUGGAUGUGACGACAUGGACGAGUGCUUAUUUGAUAAUGGCGGCUGUGAGCACACAUGCCAGAACACAGCUGGGUCCUACCAGUGCUUCUGCCGUCUGGGACACCGUCUAUCCGAGGACAGACACUCCUGCGUCCCUCUGCAGAGGGCAGUGGAAGCCCUGUCCAGUCGCAUGGUGGUAGAGAGGCCACUUCCACAGCUUACGCUACUGCAGGGCUACCCUCAGGCCCUGGAGCACUAUGCUGACUAUGAGGAGGACACUUUCGGAGAACUGCGGGCCGAGAGCACCAUCACUCAGAAAUUUGUGUGCCUGAAUGAGACAUUCGGCUAUGACUGCAGCCUGACCUGUGAUGACUGCUUGAACAGUGGUGUAUGUAAUGAGGAGAGUAAUGGAUGUGAUUGCCCUGAUGGCUGGACUGGUAUCAUCUGCAACCAGACCUGUCCUGGGGGUAUGUUUGGCAGGAACUGUUCCUUCACCUGUAAGUGUAGGAACGGGGCAACGUGUGAUCCAGUGACUGGAUCCUGUCGUUGUCCACCAGGGGUCAGUGGAGACAUGUGCCAGCAUGGUUGCCCCAAGGGCCUUUAUGGCAAGCACUGCAAUAAAAAAUGUAACUGUGCCAAUAAUGGACGCUGCCAUCGCACCUAUGGAGCCUGUCUGUGUGAUUCAGGCCUCUAUGGGAGGUUCUGCCAUCUCUCGUGUCCUAGGUGGUCCUAUGGACCUGGCUGUUCAUCCGAGUGUGAGUGUAUACAACAGAACACUCUCGAGUGUCACCGACACCAUGGAACCUGUCUGUGCAAACCCGGCUACCAGGGCAACACCUGUGGUGAUGAGUGUACUAGUGGUUACUAUGGUCCAGGAUGCAAGACAAAAUGUGGGUGUCCCCAAGGAAUUCUAUGCCAUCAUGUGACCGGAAAGUGUCAGCAUCAGUGUCCGGCUGGGUGGCGUGGAGAGAACUGCAACCAAGAAUGUCCAGAGGGGACGUUUGGGGUGGGCUGCUCUGCGUCCUGCGACUGUAAUGGAGCCAUGUGCGAGCCGGCGAGUGGGAGCUGCCUCUGUCCCGCUGGCAGGACUGGAGAGCGUUGCGGUGAAGAGUGUGCGGCGGGUGGCUGGGGCGUGGCCUGUGCACGGCUCUGCCCCGCCUGCCAGAAUGGAGGCGUGUGUGACAAGCAGAACGGAACAUGCACAUGCACACCAGGGCACUCGGGAGAGCUCUGCGAGAAAGUCUGCCCGGCCGGUCGCUUCGGGCCCGGCUGUCAGGGGUGGUGCUCCUGUGAGAACGACAGCCGCUGCCAUCCCGUCUCAGGCCUGUGUGUGUGCACUGCCGGCUGGACCGGACCCAGCUGCGAGAAGGCAUGCGCGCUGGGUCGCUGGGGACCAGGCUGUACCAGCGUGUGUGACUGUAGGAGCAGGCCAGCGACCUGUGACCCCGUGACAGGGCAGUGUCACUGUGCGGCAGGCUACACUGGAGCACGGUGUGAGCACAAGUGUCCCGAGGGUUAUUUUGGCCUGGGUUGCCACCAGCAGUGCCAGUGUGAGAACGGCGCGGCAUGUGAACAUGUGGGCGGAGCCUGCACGUGCCUGCCAGGCUGGACGGGGACGUACUGCGAUAAACCUUGUCCUCAGGGCUUUCACGGCUUCGAGUGUAAGCAGAGGUGUGAGUGCUUAAACGGCGGCCAGUGUUACCAAGCAACAGGAACCUGCACGUGUCCCGCUGGCUGGUCUGGCCCCCGCUGCGCCUCCCGAUGCCUGCCUGGCACCUACGGUCCUGGUUGUAAUCAGAGCUGUAAGUGCCACCAUAAUGCCAGCUGCGAUCCCACCGGUGGACUGUGCCAGUGUGGACCGGGCUGGACUGGACCGACCUGUGAACAAGAAUGCUCGGCUGGCUUCUACGGGGUGGACUGCCGCCAGCAGUGUGUUUGCCAGAAUGGCGGGUCAUGUGACAGGACCAGCGGACGGUGUACGUGCCCUAGCGGAUGGACGGGGUUGGCGUGUGAGCUCGAGUGUGUUCCAGGCCGCUUCGGUGCUGACUGCCAGCAUGCAUGCGAGUGUGAGAAUGAGGCCGUGUGUGACAGGCAAGAUGGAAAGUGCUUCUGUCCAGCAGGCUGGGUGGGCCAGCGCUGUGAGAUGGCCUGUGAAGCAGGUCUGUUUGGCCCUGGCUGUCAGAAACAGUGCAGGUGUGAGCACAGGGCGCCUUGUGACCAUGUGACUGGGUCCUGUCUGUGUCCACCGGGGUGGCGAGGACUUCACUGCGAGAAAACCUGUUUGCCUGGCUCUUAUGGGACAAGGUGCUCUCAACGCUGCCUCUGUCCUCACGGCACGCCGUGUAAUCACGUGACGGGCGAGUGUGGCUGUCCUCCCGGCUUCACUGGCAGUGGCUGUGAGCAGAGGUGUCAGCCAGGUACAUAUGGCUUAAACUGCAAUCAGGUGUGCCAGUGUUCCCAGGCUAACCAGCUUUGUCACCCUGUCACUGGCGAGUGCUACUGCGCACCUGGCUACCACGGCGACAAGUGUGAUAUAGCAUGUGAGGAGGGCCGUUAUGGCCCUGACUGUGAGCAUGAGUGCCAGUGUCUGAACCGCGGGGUGUGCCAGCCAGCCACGGGCACCUGCGACUGCCCCCCAGGCUACAUCGGCGCAGACUGCAAUAUCACAUGCCCAGCUGGGCGUUACGGAAAGGACUGCAUGCGUGUGGCUCUGUGUAGGGAGGGGGUCAGGAGCGACCCAGUCACGGGCCGAUGCGUGUGUAAUGCCGGCCAUCAGGGGGAGGACUGUGGGCAAGGCUGUGCUCAGGGCUGGUACGGCGAUGACUGCAGUCAGCGCUGUAACUGCAGUAAUGGGGCUGUGUGUGACACUGUGACAGGUAGUUGCACCUGUGGCCUGGGCUGGACUGGAGACCACUGUGAUACAGAGUGUCCCAAAGGCAGGUACGGGCCUAACUGCCAACAGCAGUGCGACUGUGAGAACAACAGCACAUGUGACAGGAUAACGGGAGAGUGUCAGUGUGAUUCGGGAUACUAUGGCCAUCUCUGCCAAUAUGCUUGCCCUCCUGGUUUCCAUGGACACCGCUGCCAGCUUCUUUGUGACUGUCACGGUAACGCUCAGUGUGAGGGCAGCACCGGCCGUUGCCUCUGCCCACCGGGUUAUCAAGGACCGCGCUGUGAGAGAGUCUGUGAGCAGGGCACGUUUGGGCGUGACUGUAGCCACACGUGUGACUGCGACGGAGACACUCUGUGUGACCAUGUGACUGGCAGAUGUCUGUGUGUGCCAGGGAAGAUGGGUGCCCGCUGUGAUAUUACCUGUGCUCUGAGCAGCUAUGGUCCGGAAUGUUCUGAAAGCUGCGAGUGUGCAAAUGGCGCACGGUGCGACCCCCGCAACGGACGGUGCCACUGUCUGAGCGGCUGGUUCGGGCCCAGCUGCCUUGAGGGCACUGCUCUCAUAUCUACUCGGCAGAUUCUCAGAAACAAAAUGAAGGACAAGCCACAGCUCAGCACUGCUGUAUAACAGUCACCAACCUGUUCCUCUCCCUUGAUGUUCAUGUAGCUUUGCAUCUGGUCAAACAGGUGCUCUGUAAAAUAAAGGACACAAGCAAAAUCUCUUACCUGAGCAGACUUGAUUGUGAUGAUAACAUUCUGACAUAAAACUGUUUAUAACAUCUGAGAGGCAUGAAAACCAAACAGAUGACAAACAAUGAACAGAGAGAUGAGGGUAAAUGUCUGCUUGUCGGACAGAAAACCAAUUGAAGUUUCUUUUCUAAGCAUUUUAAGAUAUCUACAAAUAUUUACAUACAUGUAUAAGCAAGUCCAAUGUUUUUGAGUAUUUUUUUAAACAUAAGAAUGCCUUUUUAUAUCAAAAACACUGAUAAAAUCUUCAUCUUCAACCUCUAUACGUCACCAUAUUUUGGGGGGCAUUAUCUGUUUAAACAUAAUUUGAACAGUAUUGUGCAGUGUAAAUAUAAGGCAUUAGUUGCCAUGUGUUCAGUAUGUUGUUCAUUUACAUUUGGUAAAUACGUAAACAGUGAAAGAUUUUUUUAAUGGUAUAUAUACAGAUUUCUGCAUGUGUAAACUUACCCGCAAUACUGUUUAAUAGUUAAUGUUUUUAUUACCUUCAUAAAGGAAUAUUUUGUCAAAAGAAGUAUUUUUGUACAUGUCUAUAAAAACAGUCCAGUAAUUAUUUGUAAAUUGUGCUCUUCAUAUAUAGACUAGUAAAUGCACUAUGUAAAAAGAAAGCAUUUUUCUCCCAUACUGAAUUUCUUUAAAGCAGGGAGAAAUAAAGCACUUCUGUUUCCUGAACACAAUUUCUCAGUUGUAUAUAGUUUUUCAAAAUAAAGCUAAAGUCUUGAAAAAUCUUA